CCAAGUGAAAACAAGCAAACAUCUCUCUGCUCUCUAUAUUCUUCAUCUCAAAAUACGAAAAAAAUUUAUCAGUUUUUGAGAAAAAAAAAUAUCAAUUAUAUAUGAAAAAGAGAAGUAGAGUCUCGAGUAAGAACAGGAUGUCGAUAAGACGUAUCUAUCGAUGCCUUAAUGUUCUCAUCAAAAGAUCAAGUAGUCCUUUAUUUAUAUGAUCCAUCAUAAGCCCACAAUACAAAAUAGCUCUCUUCUUCUCUCUUUCCCUAUUUUCUCUCAUUACAAUCAAGAAUCAAGAAUGGUUAGAACACCUUGUUGCAGAGCAGAAGGGUUGAAGAAAGGAGCAUGGACUCAAGAAGAAGACCAAAAACUCAUUGUGUACGUUCAACAUCACGGUGAAGGAGGAUGGCGCACCCUUCCAGAUAAAGCUGGACUCAAGAGAUGUGGCAAAAGCUGCAGAUUGAGAUGGGCCAAUUACCUUAGACCUGACAUUAAGCGUGGAGAAUUUAGCCACGAGGAAGAAGAUUCCAUUAUCGAGCUCCAUGCCAUUCAUGGCAACAAAUGGUCGGCCAUAGCUCGUAGAUUAGCAGGAAGAACAGACAACGAGAUCAAGAACCAUUGGAACACUCACAUCAAGAAACGUCUGCUUAAGAAAGGUAUUGAUCCGUUGACCCACAAGUCCCUUCUUGAUGGUGCCGGUAAAUCAUCAGACCAUCCUGAGACAUCGCUGGAGGAAGAUGAUCAGAAGUCAAACAAUAAUAAAUCGUCCGGGUCACCAUCAGCUCGGCUCUUGAACAGAGUAGCAAGCAGAUUAGGUAAGAGAAUCAAUCACAGUGUUUUGUCUGAUAUUAUUGGAAGUGGUGGCCCGCUUAUUAGUCACAUUACUCCUCCUACAAGUGCUUCUGAACGUGAGAAGUCAACGAGUUCUUCUUCCAAACCAUCCCCUUCGAAUCUACUCAAUAACCAAAACAUGAACCUCGAUGCAACAUCUUUGUCCUCGUCCAUGUUUUCAGACUCCUCCGAUUCGUUAAUGUACGAAAAUAUCUUCGGUGACAUUGAAGAUAUGACGGGAUUUUCAUCAAGAUUUUUGAGUGAUGUUGUAUCUCAUGAUGAUGAAGAUUUUUUGAUGUUGGACGAGUCUUGUUUAGAGAACACUUUGUUCAUGAGGGAUCUUACAAUGAUUCUUCAAGGGGAUAAAAUCGAGACGAAGUCGUUUAAUGAUAUCCACGUGACUCCGCUCAAUGAAGUUGACUCCUUUGAAGGGAUUGACAACUAUAACUGUCAAGAUAUUACUUCCGAGAAUAUUCUACUUUCUUAUGAUGAUGAUGAUGAAAAUUUGGCAAGUAAAUCAAUUAGAAUUUGAUUAUGCUGUGUUUUUUUUUUUUGCUUUGUGUGAGCUUCUCACUUAUUGUGACGUUGUUAAUUUGCCUUGUAAGAAACAUAGUACUACAAAAGUAGAAAUACUCUGUAUAAUUAAUGGUGUCGAGAUUGAAUCUGAAACAACAUUCCCUGAUAUAAAUCAGGGAAACUACUCCGAAUAACACAAAUUUUU